UAUCGUUACUAGUGUUUGUGGUUGCGUAGGGUUUUACGCGGCGGCGUGGUAGUGACUUGAGAAGAAGAAGCAGGAGAAUCGUCUUCGCUCGCUCACGAUGGGGAUCUCCCGUGAUUCCAUGCACAAGAGGCGCGCCACCGGGGGGAAAAAGAAGGCGUGGAGGAAGAAGCGAAAAUAUGAGUUGGGUCGGCAGCCCGCAAACACCAAGCUUUCGAGCAACAAGACGGUGAGGAGGGUCCGGGUUCGAGGGGGGAAUGUGAAGUGGAGGGCCCUCCGCUUGGACACGGGAAACUACUCGUGGGGGAGCGAGGCUGUGACCCGCAAGACCCGUAUCCUCGACGUGGUCUACAAUGCCUCGAACAAUGAACUUGUGAGAACGCAGACCCUUGUGAAGAGUGCGAUCAUCCAGGUUGACGUUGCUCCCUUCAAGCAGUGGUACCUCCAGCACUAUGGUGUUGAGAUUGGGAGGAAAAAGAAGGCCCCUGCUGCUGGGAAGAAGGAAGCAACUGAGGAGAGUGAAGGUGCCACAGAAGAAGCAAAGAAGAGCAACCACGUCCUCAGGAAGCUUGAGAAGCGGCAACAAAAUCGUACGCUUGACCCACACAUCGAAGAGCAAUUUGCCAGUGGGAGGUUGCUGGCCUGCAUCUCUUCUCGUCCAGGCCAAUGUGGCCGAGCUGAUGGAUAUAUAUUGGAAGGGAAAGAGUUGGAGUUCUACAUGAAGAAGAUUCAGAGGAAGAAGGGCAAGGGUGGUGCCGGGGCUGCUGCUUAAGCCGAGAGCUCUUAUUAGUUGUUUACUCCCUCAAGUUUCCAGUUGCCUAUUUGCGCACUUUUCUAUCGCUCUAUUAGAGCUUAAAAUCUCGAAUGUCGUUAUUGUGAAUGUUCCACUUUGCUAUAGUGGUUUAGCAUAGAGAGUUUUACUGUGUCAUUUUUGCUGAUUAACUAAAUUGUUUGGUGACAGAUUUUGAGUUAAAAGAGUUUGAGCAGAAAAGCAGGAUGUUUUUUCAACA